AUGGGGGAUGAUCUUCCACGAGUUGCGACAGAGCUUCACGAACUUAGGACUUUGUCACAUCAGAAUUUUUGUCGGCUAUACCAGUUUAUUGAGACGGAAGAUAAAUACUAUAUCAUAAUGGAGUACUGUAGUGGAGGUGAGAUGUUCGAUUACAUUGCAAGGAAGGAGCGACUUGAGGAAUCAGAAGCUCGUCACUUUUUUCGUCAACUAGUCCAAGCUACGGCUUAUGUCCACUCUAUGGGUUAUCCACAUAGGGACUUGGCCUUUCUGGUAAUGCCGUCAAAAAGCAGUGAUGGGAUGUUUUCGACUAUUUUCAUUUUGGAAGAAAGAAAAGAGUUUCAAAUGAACCAUUCACCAUAUCAAACGGUUAAAUUGCAAGUUGCACGGACGAGAACAUCGUGAAAGUGCUCCUAGACCAAAUUACUAUACCAUGAGAAGGCACAAUCAACAAAGGAUUCUUUGAUUGCGUACUUUGCUCACAACCCCUGCCAGAAACAGGGUUCUGUAGAUCUUAUGUCAUUGUUAAUAAUUGUGUCAUUGUAGAAUCAAUGUCGAACAUACCGUGUUUGCCUAUGUCGGG